AUGACGCCGCUACAAACGCCAACAAGUCCCUCAUUCGAGUCCUCGCACCCGGCCACGCCACUCAGUCCGUCUUUCAACCACCCACUUGAUUCAGCCUUCUCUUCUCCAGCUCCCAGUCCACGCCUGCAAGUGCUUACAGCAUUCCCUUUCCAGCCAAUGGCAUUGAGAUCCUCGCCGACUCUCGGACAUGCACCUAUGUCGGCUGUCCUGAAGGCACACAGGCGCGGCGAGUCUAGCAUCAGCACACUUACAUUUCCUUCGCCAGCAGAAGCCAUCUUUCAGCAUAUACCACCAACACCAAAAACACCAGGCCACCAAGUACCCUUCUCUUCGUUAUUCAGUCCUGGCAGCCCGAUAAGAGAGGAUGGGAGACAGAGCAGGAUGGCCAUGCGCAGUCCGAUCGUCGAGCGAAUUCUAUCAUUGCCUCUGCGAGUCGGCAACACAAGUGCCUCCACACCGCCAUCAGAGCCUCGCUUCCCAAAUCCACCCAACUCGCUGGCUUCGACGUCAAGCGGCGGUCUCUCUGACGAUGCCAUGAGCCUCAGCUCGCCCGACUCAGCAUACACCCCUCAUCCUAUGACGCCCGUGAUCCAGAUCUCCGCACCGCCACCACCACGUCGAGCCUACUCCUCCGCCGUCUCACACCUCUCCACCCCGCUCGUCCCUCUCAUCUCCGUCACCACCGGCCUUCCACAUCCCUCCUUCCCUCGCUCCCUCCUCCAAUACCACCUCCUCACCCACGCCCAACUUGACUCUCUCGCCCGCUGGUACCACCAGACCUGCCCGCCUACUGAAGAGAGCUGGAUGUAUCCCGCGUGGAUCCCGCCUUUCACUGCGCAUGCGGCUGCGGCUGCCGCGGGCGUGAACAACGUUGGGCAGGAGUGUGCAAGGGGCUGCGAAGGCGUGACGCUGGAGACGAAGAGGCGGCGGUGGGGGAGAUUCAUUGGCUUAAGAGGGUGUGAGAGUCCGGCUGUGGAGGAAAGCGGGGAGGGGUUGAUGGAGAGGAUGGAGCGCGAGUGGGAGAGGGAGCGGGAGAGGAUGAGGGAUGAGGAAGUCAUGCGCGAGAAGGGUUGGCGUGGGCGGUGGUAG